CAUUUUAAAAAUACAGUGACCUAUGUCCGAAGGUUUUCUUUUCCGUUUCACGUGUGUAAACAUUCGUUUCGUUAUGUUUAGUAACAGGAUGGGCACUUAGCACCCCCAGAGGAACACAUGCAGCGGAGAGAUGGCAGGGGGGACUUUUGAGGACAUCACGGCCGUGCAGCAGAUGAUUUCAUCUUGCACGGGCGCCAUCCUCACCUCUCUUCUUGUGACGCCUUUUGAUGUUGUGAAAAUCCGGCUUCAAUCCCAGAAAGUGCCGCUGGUGAAAGGGAAAUGCUUUUUAUACUGCAAUGGAUUAAUGGAUCAUCUGUGUACAUGUCUUAACGGGGGCAACAAUGGUUAUUGGUAUAAACGAAAAGUGCCUGGUCCCUACAAAGGCACAGUGGAUGCGAUGAUGCAGAUUACCAGACACGAGGGAUUGAGAUCACUGUGGAGUGGACUGCCUCCCACAUUAGUUAUGGCUGUACCUGCCACAGUGGUUUAUUUCUCCUGUUACGAACAUUUUAGGAAUUUAUUUGGUUACUCGGCAGGUCUAACAGAAAAUGACUGGUGGAAACCCAUAAUGGCUGGAGCUAGUGCUCGAACAUUAGCAGUGUUUGCUAUCAGCCCUCUGGAGAUGGUCAGGACUAAGAUGCAGUCUGAGCAGCUGAAUUAUAGUCAGGUUCUGACAGCAGUACAGCAUACCGUGAGGGAGGGGGGCGUGGUCAAGUCCAUGUACCGGGGUCUCACUCCCACACUCCUCAGGGAUGUACCAUUCUCAGCUUUUUACUGGUUUGGAUAUGAGGGGAUGAAGUCAGUCAUUUUACAGAAGUCCCUAUCACAUAAGAUGACCACUGUGGAGAGUUUCUGUUGUGGAGCUGUCUCAGGAGGGAUUGCUGCAAUUUUAACUUUGCCUUUCGAUGUAAUCAAAACCCAUCGUCAGAUUACUAUUGGCGAAAGACGAAUUAGAGGUAAUGAACAUGUCUGGAGUCAGUUUAAUUAAGCCUCUUAUUGCCUG